UGGGUUGGGGGGAUGCUUUGGGUGAAUGCUGAAAGGCAAUGUGUGUUUUGCUCAGAAGUACUAAGUUCAUUGAGACUGCAUGAGGAAUUGGGCGUGGGCUUGUAAUGCGAGGCUACAAACCCAGGCUCUUUGCUACCGUAACUAUUGUUAGCAUUGCUAUUUAUUAAACUUUUUGCCCAGCCAAGGUGCCUAGAGCGAGUUGCAGCCAUGUAGACAUGCAACAUGGAACUGGGCUUAAGCAAUUUGUUAAUUGUUAAUUUGGACUAGAUGCCCCUUAGGAUCCCUUCCAACUCUACAACGUUGUGGUUAACGUUGAAAUCCCAUUCACCCUUACCUGAGAGCAAACUCUGUUGAAAACAACGAGGGUUACUUCUGUGUAGACCUAUGCAGGUUUGCACUGAGAAAGUCUUAAACUCAGAGGGACCAGGAGUUCUGAGCAAGCCUUAAGGUUGCAGUGCCGUGUUGCCUUGUUAAUGGAUAAGUGCAAACACACAAUGUAAAACAACAUAAGGCAGUUGUUGGGUGAGUGGCAGGGGCAUCCAGGUGGGGAUGUUGUCCCCUCCAUCCCAUGAACCACAAUCCCUAGAUUAGUCCUACGUUAAUUGUGCUAAUUUGUAGAAUCUGAGACAAGACAAAAUGUCUAGAUGCUAUCCUCCUCAUUUUUGUGUGUCAGAAAUUAGCCUACUGCCCCUAUCCUUCCAGUGUGAGGCUAAGGCUGCAAUCCUAAUCCCAUUUAGCUGGAAGUAAAUCCCAUUGAGUUUAAUAGGCUAUACUUCUGAGCAAAGCCGCAAAUGGGAGAACAUGAUAGUGGUUUGUAUAAAUUAGCUGUUGGAAGAGGAUGGUAAUUUAGGUGCGAAAUAAAAACCCAGCAAUGUGUUGUCCUUUUUAUUUGGUGUAUGAUUAAUGGAGCAAUGUCAGGCUGCUGAGUUUCGCAACCCUCUUAGUCAGAGAGAAUGGAAAAACAGACAUGUUGAAAGCUUGGGAAAUGUGCAGCCAUGAAAACAGGCUAUUGGCACAGCUAGGUUUCUAGUUACUCAGGAUGCAGCCUCACAUAACAUGAUUGUUGCCUGCAUCCCAAAUAGUAACUGAAAAGCUUAGCUGUUCAGUUUGCUUCACGAAAUAAGAAAAAGAUGGCCAAUGUUGAGAUGUUUGCUUUUCACGUACCUAGCCUGGAAGAACUUGUUGGAGUUUUGCAAAAUGGACUGAAAGAAAACUUUGCAGAUGUUCAGGUUUCUGUAGUGGACUGCCCUGAUCUGACUAAAGAACCCUUCACAUUUCCUGUUAAAGGCAUUUGCGGCAAGCCUAGAAUCGCCGACGUGGGCGGCGUCCCAUACCUUUUGCCUCUUGUACAAAAAGAGAAGGUUUAUGACCUGAACACAAUUGCAAAGGAAAUGCAGCUACCAGGAGCUUUCUUUCUUGGAGCCGGAGCGGCUUCCUCCAGGGUUGUCGGAGUCAAUGCUGAGCUUAUCCCUAUCGUUCAAGCUAAAAACGAGGAAAAGCCAGCUAUCAAUCAGAGUUACUUGGCCAAGAUUAACUCAGAAGAUGGCGGGUGCUUGCUGGAACAGUACAGCUCCAAAUAUAAGGAUUGUGAAUUUGGGCUGUUGGCCAACUUGUAUGCCAGCGAAGGUCUUCCUGGCAAGGUCAUUGAAGUGAAAGCAAAUCGGAGAACUGGGGAGGAGAAUUUCAUAUCCUGCAUGAGGAAAGCCUUAGAAAAAUAUUACGGUGACAAACCAGUUGGCAUGGGAGGUACAUUCGUUAUCCAGAAAGGAAAAGCAAAAAUUCAUAUUAUGCCCUCAGAUUUUUCUGCCUGUCCUUUGAAAACCGAUGAGGAAGUGAACAACUGGCUCAAGUUUUAUGAAAUGAAGGCUCCGCUAGUUUGCCAACCCGUUUUGGUUUCCCAUGAUCCAGGCUUUGACCUGCGCCUCGAGCACACGCACUGCUUCAGCCACCACGGCGAGGGAGGCCACUACCACCAGGACACGACCCCGGAGACCAUCGAGUACCUGGGGUAUUUUGAACCUGCCGAGUUUCUCUUCCGAAUUGACAAGCCCAAAGAGACGCACAUGGUUGGCCGGGAUUAAAGCGAGGCGGGGUCAGGUUGCAGCGGGAAGCCAGCUCAGCCAAGGAACAGAAAGUCUGGCCAAUUGGUAGAAAUCUGCCUUUAAACCGGAAUGAAAUGUCGGUCACAAGAUGGACUCCAAUAACCACAGGAAGAUAGCACUUAUUUUGCUUGUUAUUUGGGCAGGGGCAUAUAAUUAAUGGGUGAUUGGAAAUACAGCUGAAUUUAAUCUGA